CCUUACACUUCCGGAGUAAACAUGGCUCUUCUGUGGCUUGCGGUUUUGGCAGUAUUAGCAGGGUCUUCGUCUGCCAGGCCGAAUCGUAUCGUUGGCGGUCAACCAACCACAAUUGAAAACUAUCCGUCUAUAGUUCAAGUUGAUUUCAUGAACCGAUUUUCCCUUAUCUGGGGUCAAAGUUGUGCUGCUAGCAUACUCAAUACCAGAUACGUUCUAUCUGCAGCUCAUUGUUUUGCUGGAAAUUCCUUCCAACCAAGUUUGCGCCGCAUUAGAGCUGGUUCAACUAAUCGCAACACUGGUGGUGUUAUUUCCUACGUAGAGGCUGUUUACAAUCACCCAAGCUAUGGAUCUAACAAUAUGGAUGCAGACAUAAGUGUAGUCAGGCUAGUGACUCCGCUUGUGUACACUCCUGUUAUCCAACCCACAACUAUUGUCGCCCAAAAUUCAACAAUUCCGGAUAAUCUUCCAGUUGUGCAUGCGGGUUGGGGUACCACGACGCAAGGAGGUUUCGCUUCCAACGUUCUACGAGAUGUGCAAAUCUAUACAGUCAAUAAUAGACUAUGCGCUGACCGUUAUGCACAGCUUGGUCCAAGAUUAAUUGUGACUGAGAAUAUGAUAUGCGCUGGUCUCUUAGACGUCGGUGGUCGAGAUGCCUGCCAAGGUGACUCAGGCGGUCCUUUGUACUACGGCGAUAUCCUAAUUGGAGUUGUUUCUUGGGGUUAUGGUUGCGCUCAUGCCCGCUAUCCAGGAAUUAGCACUAGUGUUGCUUCUUACACUGACUGGAUCGUCUCUAUUGCCGUGUAAUUUCACUCAAAAUAAACGUAUAAUUUGACUAUCUA